AUGACAAUAUUAAAAUCAAUUGAAAAUAUAAUGGUAAAUAGAAAUUCAACAAACAAACUAAUGAAUAAUUUUACAAAUAAUUCAAAUUAUAAUAAUAAUUCAAAUGAUUUUAUUAAUGGAUAUAUUGAUAAUAAUAAACCUUUACAAACAAUACAUGGAAAUUCAUUCGUAACAGCGAUUAUGUCUCCAAAUAAAUGCCAUUAUCCACUUUUUAAUAAAUGUCCUGAAAAAUUUUAA